AUGCUCACAUUAUUGCGCCCAUGCGGCCUAUCCAUCCGUUCAGUCUCUCGUUAUGCCCCUGCGGCCCGCAACUUCAGUUCAACCGUCGCAACCAGGGCAGCCGAGGUCAAAUCGCUGGGUGUGAUCGGUGCUGGGCAGAUGGGUCUGGGAAUAGCUCUUGUCGCUGCUCAAAGAGCUCAGAUCCCCGUGACUCUCGUUGAUGCCUCUCAAACGUCGUUAGAUAAAGGCCUUAAGUUUGCUGGUAAGCAAGAAACUCUCUCCAAUACUGGAAUAUAUCCAACUAUUGCGGAAUUCGGGCUCAAGUUCUAUGCUUCUAACAACGCACUUUCUCUAGAUAAACUUCUUGAAAAGGAUGUCUCAAAGCAGCGCAUCACUAGGGAAGCUGCUGAUGCUACUCGCGGGCUGCUUACAUCAUCGCUGAAUAUAGAAGAUAUAUCGUCGGUAGACUUUGUCAUUGAAGCCGUUCCUGAGGUAUAUGAUCUUAAGGCAUCCAUAUUCAGCAAACUUGCUCAGAUUGCACCCAAGCAUGCCAUUCUGGCUACCAACACCUCUUCGAUUUCCAUCACCAAGAUUGCGGCCUCAACUACAACAGAUCCGAAUGAUCUCCAAGCACCGUCGCGAGUAAUCUCAACUCACUUCAUGAAUCCAGUCCCUAUCCAGAAGGGUGUGGAGAUCAUCCGAGGUCUGCAAACCUCACAGGAAACCACGGAAACGGCCAUUGCCUUUGUUCAGCGCAUGGGCAAGGUGGCCUCCGUUUCUGCUGAUUCUCCUGGCUUCUUGGCUAAUCGUAUUCUCAUGCCAUAUAUCAACGAGGCCAUCAUAUGUCUAGAAACUGGCGUAGGUGGCCGUGAAGAUAUUGACAAUAUUAUGAAGACGGGAACCAACGUCCCAAUGGGUCCAUUGGUCUUGGCCGAUUUCAUUGGUCUGGAUACAUGCCUGGCUAUUAUGAAUGUUCUUCAUCAGGAGACCGGUGAUAGCAAGUACAGACCGGCUGGCCUGCUGCGCCGCAUGGUGGAUGCUGGAUGGUUGGGCAAGAAGUCUGGCAAAGGCUUCUACGACUACUGA